GUGAGAUUGUGUCUGUGUUAUGGCAGGUGAUUACACCGCGCCAGCUCGCCCUCGGUACUUCCUGCCUUGGUAACCCAAAUUCCAAGCUCGCCUGGAAUUUACGGGUCAUAUGGAACUUCAUCCGUGCUUCAGGGGAAGAUAAGGAAACCUGACGGAUUUCUGUACGCGCAUCGGGUGAAGAUCGCAGGAGCAUAGAUAGGGUCAGGAUGAAACCCUCUGUCUGUCAUCCAAGCAAGCGGAUGUGCCACACUCAGCUCUCGUCCUCCGGAUCCAGACCCACUUUCCUGGUCCAGCGAUGGAUCAGCGAGGUGCGGCCGGGAUGGAGAGGCGCCCCUAACGUACCUUCAAGCGAGGCGUGCUUAUGCAAAGGGCGCUUACCCGAUGGUUGUUGUGGACUAUGGUGGCCGAGCUGGCUAUGCUCCAAGUGCCCGUGGAGGACGGCACGCUGCCGGAUCCAGAGAGCGCGGCCGAGUGGCGGUCAGUUAUUGAGCGAGCAAUCCCAGUGCAGUUCAAACCUCCAAUCGCUGAAGUCGAAGAAAGCCUGGAGAGGACCAUGCUGGUUCGUUACGAUGAACUGUCACGUCUGACCCCAGAGGACGCAAGGCAACGCUUCGUGAAGCUCAUCCGGGAACACCCCUUUGUGGGAGCGACAUUCAUCAACGUGCACUGCCUUGAAGAUCCUUUUGAUUUCUUCCCAGAAGAGACCAUCCUUGGAUUCAAUGACUAAGGGGUUCCAUUUCCUCUCAACAGAAUGUCAUUUCUUCUCUGUUUCAUUUCCCAACAUCGGAUGGCGUGGUCGCAGCUCAACUCAUAUUUCCAUAGAAAUCCAGGUGUUUGCAAACAGCUCAACUCGUAAAUCGAUUUCUACGUUCCGAUUCGAAAGCAGUGAAGCGGAGGCGUUAUUGCUAGCUCUCGAAUCUCACACAACCGACAAUUCUGUUGGCCUUGUUGCUGCUGCUGCUGCUGCUGCUGCUGCUGGUGCUGCUGCUGCUGCUGGUGCGCGUGAGGUGCUGCCGCUGGUGCCCGUGGUGGAUGUGGGGAUGGAGGAGCGUUGGGGGAAGAAUAGGGCCCUCACCUGCCUGGCAUAGGAGCCGUGCUGCCAUCCAACAAUCUGAGCUCCAACAACCAAGACAACGCAGUGGCUGACUUCACUGGAGAAUUAGAUUCACCGGUUUUCCGGCUCCCUUUGCUGGAGCAGCAGAAGCGGCUGCAGGGGCAGCAGACAGCACCUGCGGAGGCAAACCAGGAGAGGAACCAGUCGUAAAUCGUGAAGCCGAUAUUCAUGGUUGCAUUGCUGGUCCUUCUGGGAGGUUCUUUGCUGGUGGCACUCACGCUCUCUUCAUGUUGGAUCAGCAAGCCAGUUGCGACUUGCAAUGCUACUGCUACACAUCCUAGCAAACUUCGGCUGCUACCGGACCGGUACAUGUACAUGCUUGGGCUUCCCCACCACUUCACAGCUCAGUGACCUGAGUUUCAGCUUGGUGAGCAGGGCUCCGGCAUGGGGUAUUCUAGUAUGGAAUGUGCAGGACACACAACUCGUGUUACACGAGUUUACACGAGUUGACACGAGUUUAC